AUGUCUCUGCCCUCGCCCUGUUCACCUCCUCCACUCUCUCACCACGCAUCUUCUGCCUCUUCUUCUUCUUCUUCCUCCACUUGGUCUGGACUACUGGACCCUCUCAUCACUCCUCUGGAGCCAGCUGCUUCUGCAGCUACCGCUGCUGUCGAUGCUGCUGACAUGAUCGACGGUCAGAAGAGACACGUCGUCGUUGUCGUCGGCGAUAGCGCCUGCUGCCAAGCGAUACAGAAGAGGAUGGUGGAGGAGGAGGAGAACACCAAGGGACAAGACAUCAUGUUGGAAGAUGAAUUAUUGGGACAACGUCUUGAGGCUGCUUUACAUCUAUCAUCAAAGAUAGGCACAGAGCAUGCCCCUGGUGGCAUCAUCAACAACAACAACGGCGGUAACGGCGACGAUCACCACGCAGUACCACCAACCUUGACCGACAUGCAUGCAACCACCACCGCCCACCCAUUAGGCGCCCCUUCGUCUUUCUCCCUCUCCACCGCUCCUAUCCCAAUGGGGGACUACACAUCCAUGCAUAGAACCUCGUUGCACCACCAGAACCAAGACCACCACCACCACCACCAGCACCAACACCCACUCGACACCCCUUCGUAUUCCGCCUCUUCCACUCGUUCCUCCUGUUCCCUCUCGACAUCCAACUCAGGCACUACAUUCACUUCUCCACCCCUCGAAACAGCCACUAGCUAUGCCGCAUCCUCCUCGUCAUCCUCUGUAGACAUUUUCGGAGGCUUCACAUUUGGAACUUGCCCUUCUACACUACCAGAAUUGGCAAGUACGCCCGUAGCUGAACUAGGUCCCUUUGAAUAUCCCAUUGGCUUAUCCGGCUCGCCGAGCUGUGCUGGUGGUAUACUACCCAGCUCCUCCAGAUCAUCGUUCAGUCAAUCUGGAGCAUCCACUAUCGGUGGAGGUGGCGGAUCGAGACGUGGGUCAAUGGUUCGAACGCUCGGUGGAUCAGGAUCAGGAUCAGGAUCAGGUUCGAGCCUCAUCGGCGGACUCAUGAUGGGUCUCGCAUCGAAAUCAGAGUUCGCUCCUGGUUCUGGUCUCGCGAGUGCCGCUCGACGUGGAUCUAUCCCGUUGAGCAGUAUGACCGAUCUCAAUCGACCGAUUCGGGCAAUGUACAGGCGGAAAUCAUCAGGCGAAGGAGAAGGAGGAGGGGUUGGUAGCGGCGGCAGCGGCGGCGGUUCAGGUCUAAGAGGAGCGACGAUGAUGGAUCCGAUAGAGACUACCAACGGGGGACGACGAAGCAGUUUGAUCAAGCGUGGACUUGGAUCUGGAACCAUCAUCGUCGACGAAGAAGAGGAUCAAGCAUGGACUGCAUCUCCUGGAUCGAUGGAUAUCUUGACUCCACUGUCACCCGCUACUUCUCGAUCCUCUUUCUACUCUAUCCCUUCCAACAGCGGUUACUACGGUGGCGCCGCCAUCCCUUCGUCUUACAGAAAAAGUUUGGAAAUGCGUCGAGGAUCAUUACCCACGUUCAGUCCCCCGUCUUCAUUCCAUCAUCCCAGCUUCUCCACCACCGCCUCCGCCUCCGCCACGUCGCAGAUCCUUCCAUCUCAUGGACCCGCUCGAAGACCCACCUUGGAGGAAAAGGCAGAAUGGAAGCGGUUGUCAGGUGGUGGUGGUGGUGGUGGUACCGCAGCCUCCACGACAGCAGUGUCAGAGUAUGAAAGACCACCCAUGAGGCAUACUAUCUCGUUCAAGGUAUCUACGAAAUCAUCUUUGUCUGGCUCGACGGCGUCCUCCUCCUCCUCCUCCUCCUCCUCCCACUGUACACAUUCACUCUCUUCUGCAUCCUCUGGCUCUGGCUCUGGCUCAACUUCUACUAUCAAAACUCCAGAUCUCGGAUCGUCCACUGCCUCUGUACCCCUCGUCGCACCAGGGUACGGACUUCCACUGGAUGCUGAUUCUCCCAGACGGAGAUCUCGCGCACCCAUCCAUUUCUCCAUGUCAGGAUUACGUCGAACGUCUGCACCUAUCCCACCGAGUCUACUCGCUAGACGAGCGGGCGAACGAGAUAAACUUCUUCAUUCGUCCGUCACCGGUCCUGCUUCAGGCGGUAGUCCAGUGUUACCUGCGACCGUAGAGGCUUAA